GCACAAUUCAAGCGUUGGAAAAGUCCCCAAGGGCCAUUCAGUCUAACUCGUGCAGGAAAGCACAAUCAGAUGGCCACCUAAGUAGAGGAAUGUUUUGAACACAAAUUAAUACGUUUCUCUGGAAGCUCCGCACUGGUGUUAUUUAGACACCUGGCACUACCAAGUGCAUGGAGGCACCUUCUGGUUUGCCAAGAGCAAUCUUCAGUGAGGAGGAGCGAAGGAGCCGCAUCAUCAUCCAAGGCUCCUCCUUCCCUCUCCUCUUCCUUUCUUCCUCCCUCGCUGUCUGUCUCGGCGUUUCAUCCCAGGCUGUGUGCGCGCCUGCUUGGCCAUGGAGGAAGGCUUAGGCUCCGACGCGGAGAACAGCAACCCCGCCGCAACAACAACAACAAGAAUAGCCACCACACCGGAGGAGGCUAAUACUGCGGUUUCCCCUUCGCCAUCCCGGUGCCGCCUUUUGCUCCGGCUCAAGGCGAAGCUCUGCACUUGGCAUAUGGUGAAAACGCUUGCCCUGGGUCAAGUACUCUCCUUGUUCAUCUGUGGGACGGCGGUGACAAGCCAAUUCCUUGCUGACAAAUACAGCGUGAACACUCCGAUGCUACAAAGUUUCAUCAACUAUUGUUUGCUUUUUCUUGUAUACACAACUACUCUGGUCUUCAGGAAAGACGGUGACAAUGCCUUGCAGAUCCUGAAGAAGAAAUGGUGGAAGUAUAUUUUGCUUGGGUUGGCAGAUGUUGAAGCUAACUACACCAUUGUAAAAGCUUACCAAUACACUACUAUAACAAGUGUCCAGCUGCUAGACUGCUUUGGGAUUCCUGUGCUGAUGGCAUUAUCGUGGUUCCUCCUCCGUGCAAGAUACAAACUGAUCCAUUUUAUUGCUGUUGCUGUCUGCCUCUUGGGAGUAGGGACCAUGGUUGGUGCAGAUGUAUUAGCUGGGAGACCAGAUGGUGAAGGAAGCGACGUGGUGAUUGGAGAUGUCUUAGUCCUCCUCGGUGCGUCGUUGUAUGCGAUUUCGAAUGUGAGUGAGGAAUACAUUGUGAAAAAUCUGAGCAGAGUGGAGUUUCUAGGAAUGGUGGGCUUGUUUGGGACUAUUAUCAGCGGUCUGCAGCUAGCCAUUGUGGAACAUAAAGACAUAGCCAGUAUUCAAUGGAACUGGAAAAUUGCGUUGCUGUUCCUGGCUUUUGCCCUUUGCAUGUUUGGGCUCUACAGCUUCAUGCCAGUCGUGAUCAAAGUCACCAGCGCCACUUCGGUCAACUUGGGGAUUUUGACGGCAGAUCUCUACAGUCUGUUCUUUGGACUCUUCUUGUUCGGUUACAAGUUUUCAGUGCUCUAUCUCCUCUCCUUUGUGGUCAUCAUGGUGGGCUUCAUCAUGUACUGUUCCACGCCAACCCGUACCAUAGAAGCUGUUGCCACUAGCCUGCCAUUGACAACCAGUACGGGGUUUGACAAUCUCGCCUUAAAGAUUGAAGAGAACCACUGGGAUGCGCUAGUCACCUUGCCUCCACAACUCAGCAGAGACGAAGGUCAGGCAAAGGAAACAUCAACUACAAAGCUAACAGCCUUGUGAAAUGUAGAGCCCUUCAGCUGCUGGAAUUGCCUUGGAAGUGUCAGCAAACAAGAGAUAAUGAACAUUAUGCUGUUUUUAGGGUGGAUAAACUGGAGAGAUACCGAGGUGGAAUCUGUGCUCAAGCCAAAGUCUGGAAUUCCACCACAAGAUAAUGAGAACUGGAUCUAUGGUUACGUCCUCUGUAUUGAAUCAACAUUCACUGAAGAUCUGUCUGUAGCACUGUCAGAGAAUAGAAAGGUAGUAACUAUUAGAACAAUGACCUAACAGUUGUUCUCUAGAAAGCGAAGUCUGUACUUUAAAAAAAAAACAGUAAAUGGAUGGCUUAUUUUGAGUUAAUUUCCUAUUUCCAAAGUUUAUACUGCCAACUACUGUGAGAUUCUUUUUGACAAGAAUUACCAUAAGUUAGAUAAUGAAUACAGUAGGUAGAAAUGUAAGGGAGAGAAAGAAAGCAUUUAACAUUAGAUCAAAUUGUUGAUCAGGUAAGAAACUCUAGAAACUAGAAAGAGAGACAAUUGUGAAGAGUAUAGAAUCCUUGCUUCCAGACCAGGAAGACUAGAGCUUCUUAUUUCAAAAAAGGGAAAUGUAGUGUUUCCUGCUCUUAUGCCACUAGUUUGCAUGGACUAUCCAGAAUCUUUGCAAUAAUUACUGCAUAACAUUUGAAGAUUGUUUCAUUGCAACUACUUCCACAGACAAGUGAUGCUGACGGCCACCUUGUGAAUCAUCUUGUGGUCCCAUGUUAAUUACAAGCAUCUCCUGAGUCCUUUGUACACAUCUUAUCAAAUUUUGGGACUUUCUUAAAUUGUUUUUCAUCUCAAAUACAGACUGUGCCUAUUCUUUGUGCCCUUUUUCAGUAUAUGGUCAGCAAAACAUGUGCGUAAGCAGCUCCUUGGAAAAAUGAGAUGCCUUUAACAUAAUAAUAAAUAGCCAAAUAUAUAGACUGCAUUCUGAUGUUACUAGGAUUUCAAGAUAAUGCUUUAAGUGGCAUUUUCUUCACAGUUUGGUGUAAUCAGAUGUAUAAUUGAAGCAAAAUAAAUAUUUGUAUUACA